GGCAGCCGGCCAGCAGUCGGGCGCGAGCGGCACAACCACACGCGUCGUGUUAACGAUCCGCCGUCGCUGCCGCCGCCGCCGCCGUCGUCAAGUGCACGCACACCUGUGCCUCCUCAACACGCGCGCUUUCACCCACCGAUAGAUACAAACAAAUAACGUGCAUCGACAAGAUGGCGGCGUCCGGCAGCGCUCGAGCGGUCAGAUGAUAGCUGCCCUUCGCACCACACACUAGACCCCGAAAACAUACAAAGCGCGUAAUAGAAUCAUCAUGCAUAAUCAAUAGCAUAUCAAAAAACGAAAAGAUUUACUUAUGGAUGUGACAGAUAAUUAUUUAAGCGUUGACACGCUGACACGUUGAAACAAUCCCUUUGAAGAUUAUCAAAUCAACAUUAUCAUCAUGGUUGACAGUGGGUACAAUGUCAAAAUGUCGUGACACGGUCAGCAAAAAACACUAAAAAGGUGACAGAAAUCCAGACGCAACUGGUUGAAAACGAAUGAUCCUAUAACCGACAACCCUCAUCAUUCAACUUCAUAAAUCCCAAGGACAACCAAAACCAGCGUCAAGAUGAAUUUGAUGUUCAAGAAAAACUUCGCCGAGCAGAAGUCGCCGCGUGGAAAAACGCUCGGCGGCAAGCGCACCACCAGCGGCCACAACAAUAAACGCUCGAACCGCGACAGCGGUUACACCCCCAUCGAAGAACAUCACUACCGCACGCAUCUUUUCUUUAGUCCGCCGCGGUGCAGCUAUAGUUCAGAAAAUGUCGAAGAGCCAAGAUGCGGGCCAAUGACUGGUAUUGAUCACAUCGCGAUGCAAUCGUCGACGACGGCGAGCAUCUCGCCGCCAAUGGUCACCGAAUCGGAUCUACCUCAGCCGCUGGUCGUGCGCAAUCCGUCCGACACCAUGCUCAGAUGGCCGACGACGCCGACCAAGACGACACCAACAAGACAAGUUAGCUUUAACAACAAUAACAACAAUAAUAGCAAUCUAGAUAAUCAACACUACGAGAUCUCAUCACAACAAAGACAUUUGAGCGAGUUGGAUAGGGAUUGCUUCAUCAUUCCCGUACACAGCUUGGAUAGGUUUCUACCAGCUGGGGUACCAAUGCCUAAACCGUCAACACCGAUACCUCCAUUAUCCGCCGGCGGCGUGAACGCAAUAACAAAAAAAGCUCAAGAUGGGCUACAUGUGAUGGAAGUACCUGAUCCCAAACUCUGCGUGUUGUGCCACUUAAUGAGCCCCAUGGAACCCAUUGAUCCUGUUUUGGAAUCUCCGCUCAAUCAACCCUUAUUUAAACAACGAUCGGCGGCUGGUGAACUUGUAACUGAGAUCGCACAGCAGAAAACUGCGGUUACGGGCAUGUUACUAGCAAAUAUGGAGAGGAAUUCUGAAUUUCCAUUCAUUACGUAUUACGUAAUCAACAGUUCACAAACCAAUCCGGUGAUGUUCUACAACAAUCUUCGCACUGCCAGUCUCUCGAAGUUCGACCCGCGGUCCACGCGUUAUUCGGCGGCGCACACAUUAGAUCUCUACGCAGAGGUAGCAUCAAUAUGUCGACCGCCUAUCUUUGAGGCGGGUACAUCAUUUACGCGUACGCACACACCGGGCACAGGAUAUAUGGUAUCAGUGUACAAAGUGUUCGAAGGCGACGAUCGCGAAAUCUUCGAACGCAAUUGGUUGUAUUGGACAGGCGCGCGCAUGAUUUACCGCUAUUUGCCGGCGCAUGCGGGUUUAAAGCGAAUCUCGCUGCAUAAAUCACUCAGUCCCAAGGGUGACAAAAUGUACAUCCUUGUUUGUGAGUGCGCCAACUUGUUGAAUGACGUUACUGUCUCGGCAUUACUCCUGCCGGCGUUACGAGCGCGACUUACCGGCUACACGGGCUUGUUUCGACCCAUACAAGUAUUCUAAUCAUGGACCAUUUUGGGUUUUUAUUUGUUAUUUUGUGUUUGACAAGUUUUACAAACAUUCAUGUGGUGCGAUAUCUACGUACAGCGAACUCUAAACAUAUCUACAGGUCCAAAGACAUAAAACAUGCAAGAAGGAAACGAAGAAGUAAACAAUACAAGGAAUUGAUGUUAUGUUGUAGUUUUAAAUGUUACAACUUAAAACACGUUGAUGAACACACGGUGAAACAGGGAAUUCGCGCGAAAUCAGGAAGAGGUAUUGAUAUUUACAUUUGUAUAAAGAUUACUGUAGUUGAGCACUUGUUUAAAGGGAGCACUUUUGAAAUUUUAACAUUUAACGAGUUUUUAACGCAGUUCGAAUGACGCCGUUUUUCAAAUCAAAGAACACCUUUAUCAGUAUAGGCAACCAAAUUAACACUUACAUAUCUUGUUACAUACAUAUUUCUGCGACAAAAUUCAAAGCUUCAAUUACGAUUAUUCACGAGGUGUUUCCAGUUGUCAUUCGGACUGUAUCACAAAGGAGCCUUCUUGAUAUGCCUUCUUCUUCGAGACUUUGACUUAACUAUUAUUAUUGAAUUAUCUUGUUAACUAGAGUUAUUGAUUAUAAUUAAUUAUUGUAUAAUGCAUUAGAGAGAAGUGAAAUGAGGUAAAAACAAAUGUGGACAGAAACAAGAAACAAAACACUCCUUUAUGAAUAAUUUAACGUUUAAAUUUUAAUGUUUACUAUUAUACAAACAAAAAAAUUAAAGAAAACAACAAAGAGACGAAUUAAAUUACAAAAAGCACGAGAAAUUCAAAGAA